UGAUAGGAUAACAAAUAAAGCGGCCCAAAACUUAUCAAAAGCAAUUGUAACUUCGUGCAGUGAAGUUAGUGAGAAGAAUUAAUAUCUUUUAGCAACAUUUAUACAUGACUUUAAUAAAGUUACAUUGACAUUGAUAAUUUAAUACUCGUCUUAGCAUUAUACAGAAUUUCUUCAGUAUCAAAUUGUCUUUGGAAAGAUCUUUUCACGUAUCUUCAAAAUUAAAUCAAGCCAUGGGGAUAGACGGCAAUAACAUAUUGGCGGAGAGUUUAAAAAAACAGGGUGUUGAAUAUGUUUUUGGUAUUGUUGGUAUACCAGUCAUUGAAACAUCUUUAGCGUUUCAAGCUGCUGGUCUCAAAUACAUAGGGAUGCGCAAUGAACAAGCAGCUUGUUACGCAGCUCAGGCUGUAGGAUAUCUCACUGGUAAACCUGGGGUUUGCCUGGUGGUAUCUGGACCUGGUCUCCUUCACUGCAUUGGUGGUAUGGCAAAUGCCCAAGUGAACUGUUGGCCGUUACUUGUCAUUGCUGGCUCUUGCCCAGAAGAUCAUGAGGGUAUAGGCGGUUUCCAGGAGUGGCUUCAGGUGGAGUCGAGCCGUAUGUACUGCAAGUACGCGGCACGGCCACCCUCUGGGCGCCUCAUCCCACAGCACGUGGAGAAAGCGGUGCGGCUGGCCAGCUCAGGCCGGCCCGGCGUCUCCUACCUCGACAUGCCCGCAACACUGCUCACAGCAGAAGCCGAGGAAGACAAAGUCCCACUAGACUAUUACACCGCUGGUGCUAUAAAGCCUGCCCACCCUGACCCAGCAUUGGUGGAGCAGGCGGCGGACUUGCUGGUCAGAGCUGAACGACCACUAGUCAUUGUGGGCAAGGGAGCAGCCUCCGCCAGAGCGGAGGAAGCUGUCAGACAACUUGUCGAUAAUACUAGAAUACCGUUCCUGCCUACUCCAAUGGGUAAGGGCGUAGUUCCUGAUGACUCGCAGUGGUGUGUGUCUGCCGCAAGAACACAGGCACUUCUGCAAGCAGAUGUGAUAUUGUUGUUGGGAGCUCGACUCAACUGGAUGCUGCACUUCGGACAGCAGCCGCGGUAUGCGCCCAAUGUUAAAGUCAUACAGGUGGAUAUAUCAGCGGAAGAAUUAAACAACUCUAUAAAAUCCGAGGUGGCGGUACAUUCCGAUAUCAAGCCCUUCACUGAAGCACUAACAAAGAAGUUGUCUGAAAAGAAGUUCAGCCUGCAGCCAGCUGGGAACAAAUGGUGGCAAACGCUGCAAGACAAACAGAAGAAAAACACACAGUUUGUUGAGGCCCAGGCGAACGAUAAGUCAGUGCCUCUGAACUAUUACGCAGUGUUUAAGACCGUGCAAGCGAACAUUCCCAAAGAUUCUGUGAUAGUGAGCGAGGGCGCCAACACUAUGGACAUCGGACGCGGGAUAUUGCUCAACAAUCAGCCCAGACAUCGGCUGGACGCCGGCACAUUCGGAACUAUGGGCGUGGGUCCCGGGUUCGCGGUGGCGGCGGCCAUGUGGUGCCGGGACCAUGCGCCCAACAAGAGAGUCAUCUGUGUAGAGGGAGACUCGGCUUUUGGAUUUUCUGGUAUGGAAAUCGAGACAAUGUUCCGUUACAAAUUACCGGUGAUAAUAAUUAUUGUGAACAAUAACGGCAUUUACAGCGGCUUCGACAAAAACACGAUGAAAGAAUUUCAGUCUUACGGCGAUGUUACGCAGAGCACUCCUCCUACAGCGUUAAGUCCUGAAGUGCGCUAUGAGAAAAUGAUGGAAAUGUUCGGAGAGACAGGACAUCUUUGUCGCACGGUGGAAGAAAUUGAGUCAGCUAUCAAAAAAGCUGUGUCAGUAGUUGACAAGCCGAGUAUCAUUAAUAUCCUGAUAAAUCCGCAGUCCAACAGGAAGCCACAAACUUUUAAUUGGCUCACCGAGUCUAAACUGUGAUAAUUUUUUACUAAAUUUUAUAUUAUUUUUGUAAGCAGAAAGU